AUGGUGGUCCAGAUCCACCCACGUCAGUCCACAGAGGACAGACUCGGAGGCUCCUCCAGUGACAGCCAGUCGCCAGCAGUGAAUGGAGGAUGUAUCUCAUUCUGUUCAGAGAAGGAGAGCACUCCUGAGUUGACAGCAGAAGAAGGAACCUUGCUGCGCUGUGGACAUAACCUGACAGUUCAGCCUGGAGCCCAGUACCACCACAGUAGCCAUUGUGAACAGCCCACACAGAACCUUCACCUGCAGGAAAGCCCCCACCGAGACGCCAGGUCUGCUGGCUUUCAGACGGAUCUCAGCUCGUCAUCUCUGUCCGGCGGCAUCAAUAGGUGUCAUGCGUUGCUGUCGUACCCCAUCAAACAGGAGGGCUACAAGCUGGGAUCGGCCCUGGGCGACUUUUCAGGAGGGAUGGGAGCAGGUCGCAGGGAACUGGACCGUCCGAGCAGUGGUGGUGGUGGUGGUGAAGGUAACUUAGCAACAGUUCUGUCGUUGUCGGCAAUGGCAGUGACUGUGUAUCCAUUUAAUAAUGAAGAUGGCUCCUCCCCGCUUGCUUUGUCCCUGAGCUCGCGUCACUCAGCAAGGCCGAAUGCGAGCGGACUGAAGAAACGCUGCCUCUCAGUGGACUCCCAGUCAUCCACACAGGGAAUCGAUAUUGCCAGAAACAUCUGCUCCUCCCAGAUGUCCUGCGUUAACGGCCUGCGCACCAAUUCAUCGUCGCCUAACGCCGCCACGUUCUCCCACAAGCCUCUCCCCACACCCAGCCCUCAGCUGCCUUCACCUUCCAGCUCGUCCUGCCUCCUUCCCCUCUCCUCUUCGUCCUCGUCCUCCACGGUGUCGCCGGUGGAGCAUUGUGAGGACGUAGGCUCCAUGCAGCCGGGGCCCGGCGUGGGUAGCUGCGAUGGGCUUGGACUUCUCAUACAGCCCGGCGUUGUGCUGGACAGCUGUAUGCCGACACUGAAACAGGAACCGGUGGAUGAGUUCUCUCCAAGUGAGGAGGAGCUCUUUCAGCAUCACUAUCACCAUCUGACGAGCCACGGAAGCCACUGCGGUGGGCAUUCCCACCAGCACCACCACCAUCAUCACCAAACAGGCCCCCCACGGCCACCCAUGCCCCCUCCCUACCACCUGCACCAGUACAUGGGCUCCGGCCCAGGAGCUCUACUGAAUCUUCAGAGCCAGCAACAGUCUCCACCCUCAGGCCUGCUGGCACCACCCAAGCCCACAGGCCUGGUCGAACAGCAGGUGUGCGACAGGGAGGAUGUAUUUAGCGAUAAGCAGGUAUGCCGAUGGAUUGACUGUAGCGUGGCGUAUGAGCAGCAGGAGGAGCUGGUUAGGCAUAUUGAGAAGGUCCACAUCGACCAGCGCAAGGGCGAGGACUUCACCUGCUUUUGGGCCGGAUGUGUCCGGCGCUACAAACCCUUCAACGCCCGCUACAAAUUGCUCAUCCACAUGAGGGUUCACUCUGGAGAGAAACCCAACAAAUGCAUGCUUUCACAACAGGAGCUUUCACAGACUCCCACCUUCUGA